CAUUUCCUUGUUAAUUCCUCUCUCUGUCUCUCGUUUGGUUUUACUACCCCUUGCUUCCAUUUUCCCUUUGGUCUCUCUCUUUACCCCUUCCCCUCAUUCAGCCCACCCCAUCUGAGGCCACACCCACAAACGAAAAAGAAAAAAACAUAUACUAACGCUCUAAAGAUUCAUUCAUACAUACAUACAUACAUACAUACAUUGUACAGAAAUACAUUCACGUUAGGAUAUCUAUAUACAAUAUUGUUGUUGUUGUAAUGGUGAAGAUAAUGGAUCUAAGGAGAAACGGGUACUUGAAUAUUCUUUUUUUGUUGGUUUUGUUGGGUGGUCAUGCACAUGUGAAGGGGGAAAAUGUGGUGUUUAAUGUGGAGCACAAAUAUGGUGGGCUACGUGGUUAUAAUUUGAAACAACUUAAAGCCCAUGAUGUCCAGCGUCAUGGCAGAAUGCUCGCCGCAGCCGCAGCCGCAGCCGACUUCCAAUUGGGUGGCAACGGCAGUCCAACCGGUGCAGCGCUGUAUUUCACUAAGAUUGCAAUCGGGACACCUUCAAAGGACUAUCAUGUUCAGGUCGAUACUGGAAGCGACCUUUUAUGGGUAAACUGUGCAGACUGUAACAGAUGUCCUACAGAAAGUAAACUCGGGAUCGAGUUGACACAAUAUAACUUACAAGCGUCAACAAGUGGGAAAUCUAUUACCUGUGAGCAAGAUGUUUGCACUGCUAUGUUCGACGCAACCAGCUCAGACUGCAAGGUGGGAAAGCCCUGUGAAUAUAUGGUUACUUAUGGAGAUGGAAGCUCAACUGGAGGAUACUUUGUAAAGGAUAACAUUUAUUUAGAUCAAGUCUCCGGAGACUAUAAAACAUCACCCCUGCAGGGAAACAUAGCAUUUGGGUGCUCGUCUAAACAAAAUGGAGACCUAGGUACAUCAACUAAUGCAGUUGAUGGGAUAAUUGGUUUUGGAGCAGCAAACAUGUCCGUCAUCUCACAGCUAGCUGCUGCUGGAACCGUGAAAAAAAUGUUUGCACAUUGCCUGGACGGAGUUAAGGGAGGUGGUAUAUUUGCUAUUGGACAAGUAGUUGAGCCAAAAGUUAAUUCAGUUCCAUUACUCGCAAAUCGGGCACAUUAUACUGUUUCUCUGAUGGAUAUUGAGGUCGGUGGUGAAGUUGUAAACAUUCCGACUUCCAUCUUUCAGUCGAAGUCUAAAGCAAUAAUUGACAGCGGAACAACCUUAGUAUAUCUUCCAAGGAAGGCCUAUAAUGCUCUCAUGAACAAGCUUAUGGAAAAGCAACAAUUGAAACCUUCUCGUGAUGGGGACUUCGACUGCUUUAUGUACAAGGGAAGUGUUGACGACGGUUUCCCACCUGUAACAUUUCAGUUUAUGGGAAAUCUUUCUUUAACAGCCUAUCCCCAUGAUUAUCUUUUUGAAGUUCAUGACAAUGAAUGGUGUAUCGGUUGGCAGGAGGGAACGCCGGGAAAGGAUGGAGAUGAAAUUUUUCUGUUAGGAGAUCUUCUGUUAUCAAACAAGCUUGUUCUGUAUGAUCUUGAAAAAAAGACCAUUGGUUGGACUCAAUAUGACUGCUCUUCAAACAUUAAGGUGAAAGAUGAAACCUCUGGAAAUGUGUAUACAGUGGGUGCUCACAAGAUUUCAUCAGCAUCUACUUUGGAUUCAAGAAUGGCUUUUACAUUCUUCUUCUCCAUUAUCGCUUUCCUAUGCUAUUUGUUGAAAUGAGAACCAUCACAAAAACUGUACCCAUGUUACAUACAACAUUUGAAGGUUUCAGCAUGAUUUUUUAUUCUUAAAAAGGAAAUCGGUUUUUGUGAAACUUUACAUCAGCAGAUUUUCUUCUCUGCUUAUAUAGGAACCAUUCGCAAACGCUAGUGUCAAAUAUUUCUUCUCUUUUUUCCUUAUUUUUAUGUUCCUUUUCUUUUUUAAUGUGAUACAGGAUACAGAUAGACAGUGGAUAUUAAGUAAAGUAAGCUUCAUAUUUUUUCGGA